UUCCCACGUGACUUCCUCUUCCUCGUGGUACCUGAGCGGCUGGAAGAAAUAUGGCCAAAUUCAGCAAAGAGACCAAACAGCGACUGCAGCAGGUGUUCCAAUGUGGCCAGUUUGUCAUCCGAUGGGGCUUCAUCCCCACCGUGCUCUACCUAGGUUUCAAACGGGGAGCAGAUCCAGGCAUGCCUGAACCUACAUUCUUAAGUUUGCUAUGGGGCUGAGGAAAACCUUCACCCAGCCAAUCACCUCUCCUACUUGUGGUCACACGGUCAUCAGCAGUCACCUGGAAAAUGGACACUAUCUCUGCCAUUCAUGUCCCCUCGCCGUCCAAUGGCUCUGAUUUCUCUGAAAAGAGUUUCUCCAUACAUGCAUGAAUAUUUAUUUGUAGCCAUGGUGUUUAUGGUUGCCUUUAUAAAUAUGUAGCUUUUCUUUUUAAAUUGUUCUUCGUCUUUCGAUAUCUGGCCUAAAUGGAUGGAUGGCUAUUUGAAUCACAAGCUCAAAUCCAGACUCUUCCCAUUUGUCUGUCAAAUUAUGAAUGGUAUUUUCUGUGUUUUAUUCAAGAAUGUCUGUAAUGCUAUCUUUGGACAUGCACUGCAUCCAUGUUUUUCCUCACAAGUUGCUAACGGAGAAUUUCUGACAAUAAAACCAGUUGACCAAU